AUGGCUCCCUCUUCUCUGCUUUUCUUUUGCUUGGCUACAAUGGUGUAUCUCAUUGAAGCUGCCCCAGUGGAAUCCCAUAGUUCUGCUGAUUCAAAGUGUCCUCUGAUGGUGAAAGUCCUUGAUGCAGUCCGGGGAAUCCCAGCUACCAGCCUCCCAGUAAAAGUAUUCAAAAAGGGUGAAGAUGGAAUCUGGAAGGAGCUUUCCACUGGGAAAACAAAUGAAUUUGGAGAAAUCCAUGAGCUUACAACUGAUGAGUUGUUUACAGAAGGCUUGUACAAGGUGGAAUUUGACACUAGCUUGUACUGGAGAGCGCUUGGCAUUUCCUCAUUUCAUGAAUAUGCUGAUGUGGUUUUUACUGCUAAUGAUUCCGGUCAUCGUCAUUACACUAUCGCUGCUCUUCUUAGUCCUUUCUCUUAUUCAACCACAGCUGUUGUCAGUGACCCAAAGGAAUAA